GUGGGAAAUGGAUUCGAUGGACUUUAAUUAGUUGUAAUGACAAUGGAUUUAAUUGAUUUGAGGGCGGAUUCCAUUCCACUAUGUCAUUUCUGUCUGCCCAUCCUUCAACGUGUUUUCUGAGAUUUAUCGAUUUCAAACUUUUUUACGUAUUCACGAAUUCCAUUAAACAAUUAAUAUUUUUCUUCUAAAUAAAUAGGUGGGAUUUCCAGGUUAUUUGGAUCCUGCCAUCCCUUCAUUUAUCUCACACUGACAGCGUGUUUGAAAAUAUAAUGGAGAGCAAUGAAGAAUCACCGUUUCUCACCACAAACAACGUCAAAGAUAUCGCUCCGAUUAAAGGAGUAAAUGAUUUCUUUAUCCAAUUUGGUAUCGAGUCAAUGAAGCUUUGGUACCUUGCAGCCCCUGCGAUUUUCACUUCUGUCUGUCAGUAUUCACUCGCCGCCGUCACUCAAACGUUCGCCGGUCAUGUUGGAACUCUCGAUCUCGCAGCUUUCUCUAUAGAAAACUCAGUCAUUGGGGAUUUCUCUUUUGGGAUCAUGAUGGGAAUGGGGAGUGCACUGGAGACUUUGUGUGGGCAAGCAUAUGGAGCAGGGCAGUUGGAUAUGUUAGGAAUAUAUAUGCAGAGAUCGUGGGUUAUCCUCUUCGUUUCUGCUCUUUUCAUGAUGUUCUUCUACAUCUUCGCGACUCCAUUACUCCUCUUGAUCGGACAAACCGAAGCUAUAUCUCAUGCAGCAGGGAAGGUGGCGAUAUGGAUGAUUCCGCAGCUCUUCGCUUACGCUUUCAACUUUCCGAUCGCCAAGUUUCUUCAGUCGCAGAGUAAGAUAAUGGUGAUGGCUUACAUAUCGGCGGGAACGUUGAUCGUUCAUACGUUUUUUAGCUGGCUUUUCAUGUUGAAAUUGGGAUGGGGAUUAGCUGGCGGAGCUUUGGUGCUGAACCUGUCAUGGUGGAUGAUGGUGAUAGCUCAGAUGAUUUAUAUUCUGAGCGGGACCUGUGGUCGAGCAUGGUCAGGGUUUAGCUGGGACGCCUUCAAUGGUCUUUGGGGCUUCGUGAAGCUGUCUAUGGCGUCGGCUGUCAUGAUGUGUUUGGAAAUAUGGUAUUUCAUGGUAUUGGUACUUUUUGCUGGAUAUCUAAAGAACGCUGAAAUUGCAGUUGAUUCACUCUCCAUAUGCACCAACAUUCUUGGGUGGGUGGUAAUGGUUGCAUUUGGAUUUAAUGCAGCUAUCAGUGUAAGGGUGUCGAAUGAAUUAGGGGCAGCCCAUCCAAGAGCAGCUAAAUUUUCAGUGGUGGUUGUGGUGAUUUCUGCAUUUCUCAUGGGUGUUUUAAUGGCUGCCGUUCUUAUCAUAUUUCGACAUAAGUAUUCAGCCAUAUUUGUUGAAAGUAUUGAAGUUCAACAAGCCGUUUAUGCUCUUACUUCAUUGCUAGCAACUUGUAUUGUCAUCAACAAUAUUCAACCGGUGCUCUCCGGGGUGGCAAUUGGUGCAGGGUGGCAAGCUGCGAUUGCUUAUAUAAAUAUUAGUUGCUACUACAUCUUUGGCAUUCCUUUGGGUCUGCUUCUCGGAUUUGUAGCCAACUGGGGUGUAAAGGGUAUAUGGAUAGGCAUGAUGACUGGAACUGUGAUACAAACUUUAGUAUUGGUUUGGAUUUGCUAUAGAACCAACUGGGACAAAGAGGCAUCCAUGGCAGAAAACAGAAUUAAACAAUGGUCAGGUCAAAAAAUGGUGGAGGGAGAGAAAUAAAAUGUUUAAUGUAGUUAAGGCCCAGUCAAAAAUUAAUAGGUCACAAGAGCAAUUAAAAAGUUUAGUAAAGUUAGGGUUACUUCUUUUGUUUUAUGUCAACUUUUGAUUUGAGUUGAGUUGAAUUGAGUUGUCUUGGUUUUGCUAAAAAUUGCAUUGUAACUUCACCCUUGUUUAUAGUUAAAA